CACCGUAAACUCGAAACGACCGUCCCCGGACUCUGCUGUUAUUGUUCGGUUUGAAGUGCUCGGGGGUGGUCGGUGCUUUGUUUUUAUUUUCUUUUUGAGGGUGGGGGGGCUGCCACUUGCAGGUUUCUACCACGCAAAUAACAACAACAACAACAAAACACCUGCAUUUAUUAUAACAUAGCACCGUAGUCAUCUAAGUUAGUGGCAAGCUAACAAGUUAAGGUCCCACGGUAGCCGGAUGGAUGCGCGGGUAUCCGAGUUAUUUUGCUCAGGAAAUGGACACGGUGCUGGGUCUCAAGGUGUUGCGUCCAGCGGCAAACCGGGAAAUGUCUUCAGUAGCUCGGUAGCCCCCAAGAAAGCCUGCGUGAAGAACAACAAGAAAGCAAAGGCUCGGUUCUCCCGUAACUUCAAACCGAGCAAUAACACCCCGUAUCUACCUCCGGAGGCUGAAGAGGGAAAUAUAGAGUACAAGCUGAAGCUGGUGAACCCCACGCAAUACCGCUUCGAGCACCUGGCAACACAAAUGAAAUGGCGACUGCAGGAGGGCCGAGGCGAAGCUGUCUAUCAGAUAGGCGUUGAGGAUAAUGGCAUGCUGGUGGGACUAUCAGAGGAAGAUAUGAGGGCAUCACUGAAGACGCUCCACAAGCUGGCAGAGAAAAUUGGAGCCGACAUCACAGUUCUCAGAGAGCAAGAGGUGGACUAUGACUGUGAUGAGCCUCAUAAGAUUGCAGAGGUUCUCAUUCGUAAGGUGCCAGAUGACCAGCAGUUCCUGGACCUGCGAGUAGCGGUACUUGGUAAUGUGGACUCGGGCAAGUCCACUCUGUUGGGUGUUCUGACGCAGGGUGAGUUGGACAAUGGACGGGGAAGAGCGAGGCUCAACCUCUUCAGACAUUUGCAUGAGAUUCAGACUGGACGCACUUCAAGCAUCAGCUUUGAGAUCCUUGGCUUCAAUAGUAAAGGAGAGGUUGUGAAUUACAGCGAGUCUCGGACAGCAGAGGAGAUUUGUGAGAGUGCCUCUAAAAUGAUCACAUUCAUCGAUCUGGCAGGUCACCAUAAGUACCUGAAGACCACCAUCUUUGGCCUCACCAGCUACUGUCCAGAUUUCGCUAUACUGGUCGUCAGCGCAAACACCGGCAUUGCUGGUACAACACGGGAGCAUCUUGGGCUUGCCAUGGCCUUGAAGGUGCCCAUCUUCAUCGUCGUCAGUAAGGUGGACCUCUGCACGCGGGCCACUGUGGAGCGCACUGUGCGUCAGCUCGAGCGUGUCCUGAAACAGCCGGGCUGCAACAAGGUGCCCAUGGUCGUAAGCAGCAUGGACGAUGCAGUCACAGCAGCACAGCAGUUCGCCCAGACGCCCAGCAUCACACCCAUCUUCACCCUGUCCAGUGUGUCUGGAGAGAGUCUAGACUUGCUCAAGGUCUUCUUCAACAUCAUCCCUCCUCUAAGCAACAGCAAGGAGCAGGAGGAGCUUAUGCAACAGCUAACCGAGUUCCAGGUGGAUGAGAUCUACACCGUACCAGAGGUGGGGACUGUGGUUGGAGGUACUCUGUACAGUGGCAUUUGCCGUGAGGGAGAUCACCUUGUGGUAGGACCCACAGACUCGGGUCAGUUCCACAAGCUGACAAUCGGGAGCAUCCAAAGAAACCGUUCAGCAUGCAGGGUACUCAGGGCCGGUCAGGCUGCCACGCUCGCGCUGGGUGACUUCGACCGGUCACUACUACGCAAGGGCAUGGUGAUGGUGAGCCCGGAGAUGAAUCCUACCAUCUGCUGGAUGUUUGAGGCUGAGAUUGUGCUGCUCUUCCAUGCCAAGACGUUCCACAAGGGCUUCCAGGUUACUGUGCACAUUGGCAAUGUGAGACAAACCGCCACUGUGGAAGCUGUGUACGGCAAGGAGGAGCUGAGGACGGGGGAGAAAGCAGUAGUACUCUUCAAGUUCAUAAAGCACCCUGAAUACCUGAAGGUCGGGGCUAAGGUGCUCUUCAGAGAGGGACUGACCAAAGGUAUCGGCCACGUCACCAAGCUGCAGCCCAACCCGCCAUCCCAAAGCGAGGAUGACGAAGCCUAAGGUUUUCCUGGAGAGCCACGACAGAAAAUACCGUCCCACCCAAAGACAUGGUGCUUUAUAAACAACCUCCUGCUUUCUCCAAAGGCCACUCUGCCCUGUUCCCUGCACAGUAAAUCCCUCUCACAGGAUUUUAGCAUUUUAUCGCUCUUUCCCAAAGCCUUGUUGUCACCAUCCUCAUCAUUUGUCCUCUUCAGCCUUUUAAAUAACUGCUGACAUUUUAGUCUGCAUUCACUUAGCACUACCAAAGUGAUCACGCAGAUAAUUGGCAACUAGGAAGUUGCUUUCUGACACCCAUGUCGAAGCACUGCUUAGAGAGUUUACACCUAAAUGCACUCCUAACACAAAAAAACACACAGAGACACACUUGCACUGAAACAUAAAUGCCAGCGUUAAUAUACCUUUGGCAGAGUUGUUUACAGACUCAAUAGCUGCAAGUGUGAGGUGCUUGGAUAUUAAGGUGCAACGUGUAUCACCAGUGUCAUUGUCGUCAUCACCUGACAGCAGCUUGUCUGUUACCAGCAUAGUGCCUGACUGAUGAGGUCAAGCCUCUGAUCUCACUGUAUUUGAAUACUCAUAAAUAAUACCGUUUUCAUAGUAACCUCUAAUGGAUUAUAUGAGAUAUUAUAAAAAAGCACUGAGAUAAUUUUGUGGUUCUCAGGCACAGCUCGUUAGUUGUAUAUAAGCGGAACCAUCUUGAAGCUAUAUUUUUUGACACUUGGGCACUUUAUGAAGAGAGAGAGAAAGGUGAGCAUUGCGAGGUAUGCAAAGUUAGAACUUGACCCAGUUUGUCAGUCUGCCAGGUUAACUCACACUGGCACUCACACUUUUUUUAUGUCACGUAUGUCUGUGUGAAUUGUAUUUUUUUAUUCACAAGUAAUGCCUCAUGAUGGCGCAGUGAGACGGCGAAGAUCUUGCUGCCUAUCUUUCAAGUGCUUUAGUUCCUCAGGUCAGUGCAGAUAUCGUGUUAGCCGGCAUUCCACUCUCACAGAGCGACUCCAGUGGAGGUUUCUGUCGCUGACCUUUUGGGGGGAAGAGGAGGGAGGUUUUGAGGAAACAAAAGACAAGGGAUGGCUUCUCCCAAAGAGAUAUGUUCGAUUAUGGAUUCUUUAGUACGUGAAAAGUUACUAUGUUCGAGGUAUUUGAUGCCGUCUCUUCAUUUAAGUUACUGAUGUCACUAACUUCGAAGUUUUAUCACAGUUGCCUGGUGGAUCUACCGUUUGAGUAGCUUUCCAUUACACCCAAAGUUUUCAAUUUAACUUAAAAAUCUAAUUAAGUUGGUGCUACUCCUUAAAGCAGCUUUUGAUAUUUAGAAGACGACUUUGGAAAUUUAUUUUGAUUGCUUCUGUUUGAGCCUGAUGUGGGCCUUGUUAUCUGUCUUAUUAUAGCAUGUUGAUGUGACUUCUACAUAGAUUAUUGUCCCACUGAAAUCAAUGAUAGACAACUGAAAACGUGCGCCCUAUUACGUCGCACCCACGUGGUUGUUAUGCACAGUUUAUGUACACUCAGAGAGGAAAACUAAGAAUGCAUUUUCACCAAAACAUUUUAUAGCCUUUAUGAAGUUGUAUCAGGUGUUUGUUUUAAUGCAUCUGAGGAGUAUUUUAUAGUUUUCUAGUAUUUCCAGAUUUUACAGUUCAUUCAAACACGUUUUACACUGUUUUCUUAACAACACCGACACACCUUCACUCUUUUGAAAUCACCUUUAAAACCUCUUUUCCCUCCUUUCAGUUGAAAUUGUAAUACUUUGAUCAUUAUUUGGGUGAAAUGCAAUAUUUAUGUACAGAUCCAAUUUGUGUAUCAUGAUGUACAUGAAUAAAUCUUUUAUUGUCUCUUA